AUACUUCCAAUAUCUUCCCAAGCGGUAGUACCUCCCUGUUUGGUAGCUGCCUACUAUGUAUGUAUGUUCACUGUACAUGCGGUAAUUUUUUGGAAAUGAGAAACUGUAUUUGUUAUGGUUAGUCUUUUGAGAGAGAGAGAGAGAGAGAGAGAGAGAGAGAGAGAAUCAUAAUAAUAUUACGUCACACACAAGGUACACGUAUCAGGCAAGACAUUAAUAAUAAUCUUUGGCGCUACCGCUACAUGUUGCAAGGUUCUGGCUGUGACACUUAUCUAGUCAUAAGAUACAGUAGUUGUGAGUAAAUGUCAUUAUGUAAUUUCAUUUCAAGUUUUCGUAGAUGUUCCAUUAACUGUGUAUUUAAUAAACAAAGACGCAAGAAACAGGUGCACGAAACAGUGAAUUUAUAGAAAUGUAUAUGGGUUACGUAUGAAGACAGGUGUGGGCAGAACUGUAGCUACGUACUCUGAUGGUCGACCAUACACGCCAUCACCACCAACGGAGGAGGGAAUGAGGGUGUUAGAGGUGUGAUGAAGGAGAGGUAAGCAAGUUGUGGGGAGGCCGGUCCUGUACAGGAAGCCGGUGUUAUCUGCUGGCACCAAUACCGGACGGACGGACACACACACACACACACUACCGAGCCUCGCCACUAGCCACGCUCAGUGUCUUACUCCAUCUCGUCGCUGCUGCUUCCAUUCCUGCUGCUCACCAGUAACCUUCGGAUCCUUACCUCAGCGCCUUGUAUUAGCGGUACUAUGUGAAAUAUAGUGGCUUUUAGAGUGCAGUAAGCUGUGUCCACCAUCAUGCAGCUGCAGGUCGCAGGUACGCCUCCCGUCAGGAGGCGCAAGAAACCCUUUCUCAAUCUGGCGCAACCUUUCAACUCCCUUCGACGCUCCAUCCGCGCCUCCAUACACUGUGACUUGGUGGCUUCGCCGACGUCGCCGGUGCGCAUGACCAGAUUUAUUGAGACAGGUAGUCCCCCCAUCGUGGAGGAUACUGUGGCACCUGCGUUUCCUAACCUUACCGCCCCCAUCACUGUACCUGACCAAGACUCCUUGUCCGUGGAGUCUAGCCAGGGCUGUGGCAAUAGUCCUACGUCACUGGAAUCUCCACCUACUGUGAGCGUUUCUUCCUCGACCUCGCUAACCUCCUCCGGGCUGUUGCAACAACCAUGUGACGACUCCUCACGUAGGUCGUCCCUCAAGUCAGUGGCCUUUUCGUCGUCCAGUAAAGAAGACAUGGCGUCUCGGUCUCGGGCGCUCAGCUUCACUACCCUCCGUCGGCGUCGCGGCCCCAAGAAUCGCCAGACGCGGUCGACGGAGGUGUCACGGAGAUCAUGGGAGAUGGAAGACUGGGAGAAGGAACUCCUGGAGGUACCCAACCGCCUUAUGUCCCGCCGGAACACCUACGCUAAUGAAAACAUAUCCUCCAAUUCUUUGCCAGUGGGGACGCCUCCACGCACCUCCUACACUCAGCUCCCCGGGGACGCCACGCCCUCCCGCGCCCUCACAUCACAUGAUGCCUUGUCAACGAUGGACGACGUGCUGGUGGACGGACUCAACCCCAGUAAGGCUGACCGUAAGAAGCUUGAGAAGAUCAACAUCCACCUUCACGCACUCUUCGCAGCGGUGGAACAUGGGCAGUCGGAGAAAGCCAAAAACAUCCUCGACAACAACCAGCUGGACAUUAACAGUGUGAACAAGGACGGCUCAAACGUCCUGGAGGUGGCCGUGAUGAACAACCACGUCGCCUUGGCUAAAAUGCUCCAGCAGGCAGGAGCUACGGAGAGUAAUGCAGGGCACUGUUAUGGCGGCACCCAGUGUGUUUGGCCAACAUGGAGGAUGCACACAGUGCCUCUAGUGGCCCAAAAUGGAACCAUGGGUACCAUUGAACAACGCAUCCACCAUCUCAAUGAAUUGGUAAGCACAGCAGAGAGACGCAGAGAAGAACUUGACUCUAAGCUCUCUGGUGGUGCCCCCCAUGGGAGGGAGACGGAACGACAACGGGAACUGUGGGACAGACGUGUCAAGAUGUUACGCACCAUGAAGAUGGGUUUAGAGCAAAUGAAGCCACCAGAUGUUCCCAGCAGAGCAACAGUGGAAGUCAUUGACAGUACACGAGUUCGAGUCACAUUCAGAGAACCUGAAGCAAAAAACUUUGCAAUUACUACAAAAUUCAAAGUUGAAUGGAGUAUGGAUGAAUGGGUCACCAUUGGAGGCAGUCUUGAAAUUUAUGACCUACGUCGCAUGUCAGUAUUUGUAGAUGGUUUAUCACAAGGAAAAAGACAUCAUUUUAGAGUGUGUGCAGGGAAUUUGAAAGACUAUGGACCACCACUGACAACAACCCCAACAGCUGCCAUUCCUUCUAGCUGGCGGGACUCAGACGCCCAGAAACCUCGGCUUGAUGGGCAAGUGGGCAAGCUAGAUGACCUUUUCAACCAAGUUUGUAACUCAAGACCACAACAUGCAGCAGAAAUUAAAGCUAUAGAACCAGGCCAGGAAACACCACUCAAUCUAAGAAAAGCACAAAAGAAGAAAAGUAUUAAAAAUCUCUUCACUCCUGCACCAAAAUUUCAUAGAAAUUUGAAAAAAGGUUCCUACCUUGCCUGCAUAGUUUACUGUGAUGAUAAAGUGCUUGUAACAACAGAAGAAUUUCCUCCAGUUGUUGAAGUAGAUGAUGAUUACAUGGGACAAGCAAGAUCUCAUUUCCAUUGGCUGUUAAAGGUAGCUACAACCUGGGAAGAUGUUAAAUCUCUGAGACAAGACAUGGAUAGAGCGGGAUCCGCAUCUAAUGUUCCAUUCAGAAUAAAACUGCUACAAGCUGCUGCCAACAUGCAGACAACACUUGGCAUUCAGGAUUUGGGUCAAUUUUAUCACAAGCCCAUUGUUGGAAGUAAUGGAACAUUGGUGUUUUGUACGAUGCGACAUGUAAAAAGCACAAAGGUUGUUUCUGCCAUGAAUGUUAAGUGGAUCCCACUCUCUAAACUUAAAGAAAGGAAGAGUACAGCCUCAGGUCAAAGCUCAACCCAGAGUGAUGGUGGGACAUCAGCAGGAGACAUUUUGUUGUCAUCAUUACAAGACCAGAUUCUGUACGAUAAAGUGAGUCGUGUACCAUUACGUCGUGGAUUAUACUUGGGCUACCUCAAAUUGCAGAGUUCUGUGGAUGUUCUUCAGGUGUUAGUACCAGAAAAAACACCUAAUAUGUUUCCACAUGUCAAGAUCAGGGAUAACCCUCAUGUUUCAAGAGAGGAAUGGGAAUGGGUGCAAAGCUUAGAAUUAGCAAGCAUGGAGCAUGUACCUUCAGCAGCACAGCAUGUCUGGCAUUCACAGCUUUGCCAAGCAACACAGCAGCUGUUGAAUCAAUUAGAAGUAGAAGAAGAAGCUCAACACCAACAUAGACUUUACUGUAGAGAAGUGUUAGAGUUAAGUCCAGAUGUGGCUCUUCUCCUUGUUAUGCCACCUGUGGAUGCUGUGUGUUCUGCUCCAGGACAGGAAGAUGCACUCUUCUCCCAACCUAACCUUGCAACUUUACCCCUCCAAAUAUUUGAAAUGAUACAUAUGGGGACAUACCAAAGGGAGUUAAUAGGUAGGUAUGCUCGACUUUCAUACAUUUUGGAGAUGGACACACUGAUGGCACAGCAUGCCAAUCGAGAAGCCUUCAGUCAGGAUGAGAUAAACUGCUCACGGGAUCGUCUGUGGCAGCUCCAGUCCUUUCAGGAACAGCUUGAUGCUACAUGGCGAGGCCUUCGGUGGGUUAUGGAUGCUAUUAGCUAUGCUCGUGAUAAGGCUGCAUCUGGUGCCCCCUUAACUAACUUGCUGUCUUGUUCAUUUCCCUCAACGACUCCUCAGCCAGCAGUGCAACAGUCUACCUCACAUAUGCCUGCUGCAACUUCUCCUGUACAAGACACUCAUAGUUCCAGUGAGUCCCUCCAGCUCGGUGCAGAUAGUAAAAGGUUAAGAAAAGAUGAUGACCUCAGCUUUAGUGUAAAAAAGUCAGAAACACCAAGAAUGCUGAAGUCUAAUACCUCAGAAAACAUACGGGCUACAGUCAAAUGUGAGACAAGGUUUCACAAAUCGAAAACAGCAGAAUGUUUAGUACAUAGUAGUGGGUGUGUUCAUAGUUGUAUCAAAUCUUAUAACUCACUGAAUGAUUGCUUAUUAGACAGUGGAGAACAAAAUGAAAAUGUUCCACUUCUUUCAUGGACACAUGAAAAAAUGGAAUACAGUGGCGAAAGAAAAAUGUACAGUAAAGACCUUCCAACUUCUAGAAGUGAAAAUCAUUUACAACAUUGUGUAGACCAUGGCUACCCUCCCAGAAAGGCCAGUGCUCCAGCGUUUUAUGAUACUCAUGAGGGAUGUUUGAAAUCUAAGUGUUGUACUAGUGAACCAAAAAUAAAUCAGAGUAUUUCUUCAUUAGAAUCUGUAGAGCAAGGGAAGAGAAAAAAAAAUAGUUGUGUUGAUCUUGAAUAUGAAGAAACUAUGGCUUGUAGCAAAUCUCCGACAAGUAGUUGCUUUGAUUUACACCAACGAUAUGGCAGUAACCUUAAUGUUGAUAUGCAAAGGGCAGGGAGUAGUCUCAGCCACGAUUCUGAAGCCUCAUUCUCUAGUAUGACUGCAAGCUUGCGGUCUCUAUCUUCCAAUGAAACUGAAACGGACACUUUAAGUCUCAUGUGCUCAGAGAGUGGGCGAAGUGAAGCAAAGAGUACAGAGGGCGAGGAGCUGGUUGAAGGAGCUGCUCGUAAUGAGGAAUUCACCAUAAUACGGGUGUACGCGGCAUAUCAGACUGGUAUGGCAUCUGGUACCUCUGUUAAAAUUCACAUAACACCUAGAACAACAGCUCGAGAAGUGAUAGACUUAGUAGUGAAACAACUCAAUGUCGCUGUUGUGCUAAAGGGGAAAAGUGGUCCUACGUAUGGAAAUGAUAAGCUCAAAGAUUUCUGCUUGGUGGCUGUGAUUGGUAUGCGUGAACGAUGUUUGCGGGAAGAUUUUAGGCCACUUCAGCUUCAGAACCCAUGGAAAAGAGGCAAACUUUAUGUUCGGCUGAAACAAGAUGUACUGGCUGCCCUUGAGCAGAGUAAUUCACGCCAUUCAGCAUAUCUGUAAGAUCGACCUUCACUGUACAUUCCACCACAUUAUACAUUGUCAUUCUGUACUUUCAAACAUUUAUUUCUCAAUGAGAGUGGAUGGCUAUAUUCCUUCUUCAGAAAAUUUUCAUUCUUAUGUCUCACCUAACUGAAUGCAGUACUGGAGAAAUUUGGAUUAGUAUUUAGGUACAACAGUGUUAUUAGUCCAUUAGGUAAACAUGGUAGAUGUUUGGUGCAAAUUGUUUUCAAGGCCUUUUUUUUUUUUUUUUUUUUUAAAC